AUGCACCCACUCACCCUCUUCCCCCUCAUCGUCACCGUAGCAACGGCUCUCCCCUUCGCCGUCAGCCCCCACCCGGACGCAUCCAGCCAAGACCAACCAGACUGUAAACCCGGAGCCGAAGGCACCACAGCCGGCGUAACCUACUGCCUGAGCACAAACUUCAACGGGCCUUGCGAAUGGCACGCCUACUACCCCGACCGAGACUUGUGUAUGGCUUUCGACGUAAACCCAGAAAGGCGCCCCCUUUCUAUCCGCCCUCAGCACGGUGGGUACUGCGAGUUGUUCAAGGACAACAAAUGUGGGGGUGAUCCGGUCAGCAUCUGGAAGGACGAUACGACGACGAAGUUGGAGUGCCCGGAACUCGGAUGGAUCUAG